CCCGCCCGCCCGGGCCCGGGUGCGCAGGCGCCGCGGGUCCGGAGUUGUGGCCGCGCCGGGAAGUUGUGCUGGGAGUGCCGAGCCGAGCCCGCCGCCGACCCCGCCAUGUCGGGCUCCUCCAACGUGGCGGCCAUGAAGAAGGUGGUGCAGCAGCUGCGCCUGGAGGCGAGCGUGACCCGCGUGAAGGUUUCUCAGGCUGCAGCUGACUUGAAGCAAUUCUGCCUGCAGAAUGCACAACAUGAUCCCCUGCUGACGGGAGUAUCAUCAAGUACAAAUCCAUUCAGACCCCAGAAAGUUUGUUCAUUUUUGUAAUUAUGUCAACAACUACAGUAUCUUUCAGUGAUCUUUUAGCAUCUUUUCCUACCUGCUGAUGUGUGUAUGGGCAGAGUGCCUCAAGGAGUGGCCUGGUUUGAAGUCUGUAAAAAGCUUAGCUUUAAUGUGCCAAAUCUAACUUUUAAAGUGCUACUGUCGUCAAACUUCUUACCAUCUACCUCUCCAGAUGAACUGUAUGCUAGUUACGUAUUUCUGUUUCAUACGGGAAUCAGUUUUAUACGCCAAGCAAAAAAUAAAAGUGUCUUGACUUA